AUGCGAUCUGUAAGCAAGUUCAUCCUGUUCACACGAUAUCCCACUGCUAAGAGUAAUCAAACGGGUCCUUGCAGAGGCGGCAUUGGAGAGCGGAAAAAGACUCCCUGUGUUUCCUGCUUGCAGUCGAACAGUGAGUGUGUGCUAGCUGAGUCUCGCAGAGGGGGGAAUUUCCGGAACUACGAGCCGAACAAGAAGCAGUCCGCAAGGAAUCGCAAGGCUUCCCAGCGCACCCUGGACCCGCCACCUGUGGCAGCUGGACUUACUGAGAGGAAGUCAACUUAUCAUAUCGAAAGCUUGAGCGACAAUGCCGUUGAUGAGCAGCUGGUGUCCGAGCUGAGAAACCCCUCGGACGCAUUGCACAUACUGGCUCAAUCUGAAAAGCCGGAGUCGAUUGCAUCGUCUACGUUACCACAGGAGCGCGAUGAUGUCUCACGUAUUCCCUCAGGUGCAGCAUUCCUUAGUGAGUAUGAGCUAGUUGAGAAAGGGCUCAUCCACCAUACAACCAUACUCGACUUAUUAUGCAUUUAUUCUCACAACUAUCAUCCUUAUUGCCCUAUUGUGCCGCAAUACAUGCUUGGCCAGUCUGCUACUGAGAAAAUUAGCAGGUCGGACUUCUUCCUGCUGACAGUCAUCCUUACGAUUGCGUCUAGAGAUUCGCCAUCCCACUCGCCCAUCCAUAGAUACUGUUGGGACUACGCCCAAAGGCUCUUGCUAGAAGUGCUCCUCGGGUAUCCCUGGACUCUCAGAUCCAGAACAGUUGAAAGUUUGCUGCUCUUGUCAGAGUGGCUUCCACAUAUAGAGCUCACACAUGCGACGCCGAACGAGAAUAAAAGCAUCUUCAUUGAAGAUAGAACGUCAUGGUCACUCGUGGGUCUGGCUGUUCGACAGGCUUACUUGAUGCGCCUAGACCAAGGUGCUUUCCCGAAUGCCACAAUGCAGCAGGAGACAAAGGAACAGGCGGAGCAUAAGCGGCUUAUAUGGACAUUUGUCUACAUUGCAGAUCGACAGAUAUCUGUUCGCUUGGGACAGUCCUUUUGGUCACGCGGUCCAUCUCUUUCCACACGCUUCACGGCAAAGGACUUCCCUAGCUUGCAACCUUCUUCCCGCGACAGCCAAGAUGAUUAUGCAUCUGUUCACCAGGCUACAAUGGAGCUUAUCCAGCUCAUGCACAAUGUCCAGGGCAUCCUCUACGCCUCACCGAAGCGCACUUUAGCAAUAGUCCACGAUGGCGAUUACAGUCGCUACCUCGACGACUUUCAGCGAGCAGCAAUGAACUGGCAAGCUGCUUGGAAUGGCCUCGCCGUGUCACCCAGAGUCAAACGUUCUUUAUCCCUCGUCUACGAAUACCUAUGUCUUUACGUAAACGCCUUCUCUUUUCAAGCCGUUUUGACAAGGAUUUCGACCUCCCGAUCAAUUUCUGCGCAUAGUCCCUCCAAUAAACAGCCAGAGAAGCCUUUCAGCAAAGGCAUCAUGAGAUCCGCCGACGGGCGAUAUGUCUGGGAUGCCAUCACGGCGGCUACUAAUACGCUGAAGCUGAUGACUGAGUUCAACCCUCAACGAGAGUUAUGCUUCUUGCCGUACCGCUACUACUUACGUCAAGAAACUGCGGCGUUGGUCCACAAGUUUGUCUCCGCCUUGGAUGAAGCUGCGCCUGACAGGUUCCACAUCGGCCACCGAUACAGUCAGCUACUCAGAAAUCUCUGGCCAAGAGGACAACGCAAGUCCAGCAAAGCCAAAGACGCACGCGACACUUCGACAGUACCUCCUCCAACCGCAACCGUACAGCAGCUGCCAACGCGCGAAAUCGCCUUGGCUCCUUUACUCUUUUCAGAAUCCAGCUGUGAUCAGAGGAAUAAGCCAGUGGGGGCCGAUCCGUAUAACUUUCAGGGUUCUACCUUGAGCCCAGAUGUUGGAGACUUCUCGUCAAUGGAAGAUUAUCCGUUUGGGCCUUUCAUCAACACGGCAAACUUUGAGCUAGCUGACUUCGGAAACCCUCUAAAUGAUAUGUCGCUCUCAUCGGUCAAAUGGGAGACGAGCUUUAUCGGAAUGUAG